GCCGACUUUGUUUGGAAACGUUUUGCGACAACGUAAUUUUGUAAUUUGCAAUUUUAUUAACUUACUAAUACAAUUGUUGCAUUGUUUCGCACUUAACUUUGCCGAAAACGCCCAGCGACGAUGCCGAUUUCAUCGGAAGUUGAUUUGACCGAUGUGUUUUUCAACGAAGAAGACCUUCCGUACGAGGAGGAAAUCCUGCGGAAUGCCUACUCGGUAAAACAUUGGAUGCGUUAUGUGGAACACAAACGGAAUGCUCCGAAAUUCGUUAUCAACACGGUGUUCGAGCGAGCCUUAAAAGAACUGCCCGGAUCGUACAAGCUCUGGUACAACUACCUGAAGACGUUGCGAAGGCAGGUUAAGGGUAAAUGCAUAACCGAUCCCGAGUACGAAGAGGUAAACAAUGCUUUCGAACGAUCGCUGGUUUUUAUGCACAAGAUGCCCCGGAUCUGGAUGGAUUAUUGCAGCUUUAUGACGGGGCAGUGCCGGAUUACGCGAACCAGGCAAGUUUUCGAUAGAGCACUGAGAGCUUUACCGAUUACGCAGCAUCAGCGGAUUUGGCCAUUGUAUUUGGAGUUUCUGAGUAGAUUUGACAUCCCGGAGACGGCAGUACGAGUCUGGCGGAGAUUUUUGAAGCUGUGUCCGGAGGACGCCGAAGAGUAUGUAGAGUUUCUAGUUUCCAUCGGUCACCUGGACGAAGCAGCGCAGCAGCUGGCCAGCAUAGUUGAUAAUGAGAAUUUUGUUUCGAAACACGGCAAAUCAAACCAUCAGCUGUGGAAUGAGCUUUGCGAGUUAAUUUCGAAGAAUCCCGACAAGGUUCACUCGCUGAACGUUGAUGCAAUCAUUCGUGGGGGUUUGAGAAGAUACACUGAUCAGUUGGGACAUUUGUGGAAUUCGUUGGCUGAUUAUUACGUGCGAAGUGGUCUUUUCGAUAGGGCAAGAGACAUCUACGAAGAAGCCAUUCAAACGGUUACGACUGUUCGGGAUUUCAGUCAAGUGUUCGAUGCGUAUGCCCAGUUCGAAGAGUUGAGUCUGAGCAAAGUCAUGGAAGAGAUGGCUAAGAAUCCUAAUGCAAACGAAGAUGAAGAAAUCGAUAUCGAACUGCGGAUGGCUCGUUUUGAGUAUUUGAUGGAACGUAGACUGCUGCUGUUGAACAGUGUUCUAUUGCGACAGAAUCCGCAUAAUGUAGCGGAAUGGCACAAACGUGUCGAAUUGUACGAAGGGAAACCACAUGAGAUCAUCAAUACCUACACGGAAGCAGUGCACACGGUACAGCCUAAAUUGGCAGUUGGUAAGCUCUACACGCUAUGGGUGGAAUUCGCAAAGUUCUACGAGAAAAAUAAGCAACUAUCCGAUGCUCGCAUCGUGUUCGAAAAAGCAGUUCAAGUCGAUUAUUUGAAGGUAGACGAACUGGCUAGUGUUUGGUGCGAAUGGGCAGAAAUGGAAAUCCGGGCGGAAAACUUUGACGAUGCCUUGAAGAUAAUGCAACGGGCCACUGCUAUGCCUAAACGGAAGGUUGCCUACCACGACGACACCGAAACGGUGCAGAUGCGAGUCUAUAAGUCACUCAAACUUUGGUCCAUGUAUGCAGAUCUGGAGGAAUCUUUCGGAACGUUCCAAACCUGUAAACAGGUUUACGAUCGAAUUCUAGAUCUUAAGAUCUGUACCCCACAAAUCAUCAUCAACUAUGGGUUGUUUCUGGAAGAACACAACUAUUUCGAGGAAGCUUUCAAAGCCUACGAAAAGGGAAUUUCUUUGUUCAAAUGGCCAAAUGUGUACGACAUCUGGAACACUUAUUUGACCAAAUUUCUCAAACGCUAUGGCGGUCAAAAGUUAGAACGAGCCCGAGAUCUCUUCGAGCAAUGUCUGGACGGCUGUCCACCAGAGUUGGCAAAAAAUCUCUACCUUCUAUAUGCUAAACUCGAAGAAGACCACGGUCUCGCCCGCCACGCGAUGGCCGUCUACGAGCGGGCCACUACUGCCGUUAAAGAAGAUGAAACAUUCGCCAUGUUCAAUCUGUACAUCAAGAAGGCAGCGGAAAUAUACGGUAUCCCCCGGACGCGUCAAAUCUACGAGAAGGCCAUCGAAGCGCUACCGGAAGCACAGUCUCGGCAAAUGUGCAUGCUUUUUGCCGAAAUGGAAACCAAGCUGGGCGAGAUCGAUCGGGCUCGAGCUAUUUACGCUCAUUGCAGUCAGAUGUGUGAUCCGCGAGUUACUGCCGAGUUCUGGCAAACGUGGAAGGAGUUCGAAAUCCGGCACGGCAAUGAAGACACGAUGCGGGAAAUGCUACGCAUCAAACGUUCCAUCCAGGCUACUUACAACACUCAGAUCAACAUGAUGUCGGCUACUUUAAUCAAUUCGGCAGUGACUGGGGCCGGGUCGGAACAGAAGGACGCGAUGCGGACACUGGAAGCGAAGGCCGCCGAGACGGCGGCUCGAGCGAUUGCGGCUGUAGGAGCAAGCGGUGGAAAUAUAAUGUUUGUGCGAGGGGAAACGCAGGGUGGGUCGAAGAAGGCGGACAAGGUGGUUAAUCCGGACGAGAUUGAUAUUGACGUUGACGAGGAGGAGGAUGACGAGGAAGAAGACGAAGUGAAUGGAGCGGAAGGUAUAGAUGACGAGGAGGAUGUCAGCAAGAAGAUGCCGGUGCAGAAGCAAGCAGUUCCUGCAAAGGUGUUUGGUAGCUUGCGAAAAGAAGACGAAGAGGACGAUGAUGAGUAAAGGUUUGCGGCAAGACAAAAUGGAAAUAUACAGGCUGCUGUUGAAUGGAAGGUGUUUUUUCCUAAUAGUAUUACUUAAUUAUCUGGAGCUAAGAGCUAUCUCAAAA